CCAGUUGCGACAGCAGACACCAUGCCGCCGUUUCGUGGAAGAGCAGGUUUUCGAGGACGAGGCCGCGGCCGUGGUCGCGGAAGGGGCGGCGCGCGCUUCGGCCAGCGCGAAGCCUUCACCAAGUCCAGAGUGGAAGAAGAUGCGUCAAGCGGCUCGGAGGCCUCUGACGCCGAGAGCGACCAGGUGCAAUCGGAGUUGGAAGAGGAAGUCUCGAGUGAUGACGAAGACGAACUUCCCUCGGGCCCGACAUCGCGCCCCUACUCGGCCCUGCUCCAAUCCCUCCAGCAAAACCACGACGAGCAGCCGAAGAAAAAGAAAAGGAAAAUUGACCACCAACCUGCACCGGCGCCCGAGCCGGAUGAUGAUGAGCAGGUCGACGAGGCUGAGGACCCCGAGGACGCUGCUGACGAGGAGGAAAUUGGCCCCGAUGACGAUGAAGAGGAGGACAUGUCUGAUCCGUUCGAGGCGCAUUUUGCUCGUCCGGAAGAGAAUCAGCUCGCCCAGAAGCUCAAGGCCGUCUCGGAAAAUCGCUGGGAAACCCGCAAGUCGCUUAUCGAGGGCGUUGGAAGAUGUGCUGUCUCGAAUGCUGGAGCAGCUGAACCUUUGAAAAAGGCCGUCGCAUCGCCGGAUCAACUCAAACUCAAGAAGAAACUCGCCUCGACGGCCAAGAGUCUUUUGCCCGAGUUCAAUCCUGUGCAAAAGGCGCUGGCUGCACCUCUGUUCGCGUACCAGGACGUUCUGUUCGGCUCCAGGACUGUUAAAAACGCAGAAAGCCUCCGCCAACUCACAUGUCUCCAUGCGUUGAACCACGUCUUCAAGACGCGAGACAAGGUCAUCAAGAACAACUCUCGAUUGGCACGGGAACAGGACGAAGGUGCUGAGCUUCGAGACCAAGGCUUCACCAGGCCUAAAGUUUUGAUGCUUCUCGAAACGCGACAGUCGUGUUCCAGGACCAUCGAUACGAUCAUGAAGCUCUGCGAGCCUGAGCAACAAGAGAACAAAAAGCGUUUCCAGGACUCCUUUGUCCAGGAAGAAGGCCGGUUCGGCGAUGACAAGCCGGAAGACUUCCGUGAACUGUUCGAUGGCAACGACGACAACGAGUUCAGGAUGGGUUUGAAAUUCACCAGGAAAACCGUCAAGUACUUUUCGCAGUUCUACAAUUCCGACAUUAUCUUCGCCAGCCCCUUGGGAUUGCGCAGAGCCAUCGAGAGAGGCGGAGAAAAGAAGAAGACGGACUAUGAUUUCCUCUCCUCCAUCGAGCUCGUGGUAGUGGACCAGGCUGACGCCAUGCUAAUGCAAAACUGGGAGCACGUCGAAUACUGUUUCUCGCACCUGAACCUCCAACCCAAAGACGCGCACGGCUGCGACUUCAGCCGCGUACGUACCUGGUACCUGGAUAACCAAGCCGCGCACCUGCGCCAGACAGUCGUGCUGUCGGCAUACCUCGCGCCCGAGUUCAACGCCCUCUUCAACAAGCACAUGCGCAACGUAGCGGGCAAAGCCAAAAUUAGCCCGGAGUACGACGGCGCGAUGCUCGACCUCGGCAUCAGCGUGAAGCAGACGUUCAGCCGCUUCGACUCCGCCAGCCCGGCCGCAGACCCCGACUCCCGCUUCAAGUACUUCACCAGCGCCGUCUUGCCAGGGCUCAAGCGCCUCCCUAAGCCCGCGGAAGGUGGCCCUGGCGUCCUCGUCUUCAUCCCUAGCUACCUCGACUUCGUCCGCGUGCGCAACUACUUCGCCAACAGCAACGACACAGCCAACCUCAGCUUCGGCGCAGUAUCCGAGUACACAGAGCAGGCGGAGGUGCGACGCGCGCGCUCGCAUUUCCUGACCGGCCGGCAUAGCGUCCUGCUCUACACGGGCCGCGCACACCAUUUCCGCCGGUACUUGAUCCGCGGCGUCAGGCGCGUGGUCCUGUACGGCUUGCCUGAGAACCCAGAAUUCUAUAAAGAGGUUGUGGGUGAGUUUCUGGGUGCGAGCAUUGCGGAGGGGAGGCUGGAUCCCAGUGAAGCGGGUGUGAGAGCUAUGUUUAGUAAGUGGGAUGGGUUGGCGCUGGAGCGGGUUGUUGGGUCGAAGCGGGUGGGUGCUAUGGUGAGGGAUAAGAGUGGGGAUACGUUUGAUUUUAUUUGAGGGGGAUGUAUAGAAGGAUGGAUAGUACAUAUCUUGCC